GUGCAUUGGGUGUUGUAGUCGCGACUGGCGACUUAGUUGAUGUGCUUGUGAUCGUAAUCGUGAUCUUGUAAGAACCAAACGGUACUUACAUUGCUCUCAUUUUAAAUUUAAUAUAACUUUUCUUCAAAGUCAAUUCGUUUUUCUAAAUUAUUAUUAUCAUCAAUUUUGUUUUUAUGAAACUAAGUACAUCUAUCAAUUGAACAUAACAACAAUAUUUGUAAAGAAAAUUCCCCUCGUUAGUGUGGUGGACAAGAUAAUUCCAACACUUGGAGCAAAGACUUUUCCUUCAAUUUUUUCUGGGCCCUACUGUGUAUCUUAGUGGUAGUGUGUCAUCAAGCGUACGUGCGUUUAAGCAAAAGAGAAACAAAAUAAAUAAAAAUUAAAGAAACAUACACAAAAAAAAAACAAUACUCACCAAAUUUUCAUACUCGUUAUAUAUCUCACGAGGUGGUGCUCUUUUGAGACUCGGUGGGUCUGGGUGAUUUUAUGUGAUUGCCUUGCCGUUGCCGCUACGGAAAAGAAUCUUUACCCUGAGCUCACACAUCCUCAUUCCUCGAUACACUUUAGGCGGAGGUGUUUCAUGUUUUAUAUCGUGGUUGCCGCCGGUAGAGGUAGCUAAAAUAAAAAAAUAUUUAAAAGAAAGCGAUUACGACGAGAUUGUUGUUUUUGUUUUUUUCGUAUUUUAUUUUUUGUCAAAUUAAAUUAAUAAUAAAAAGUUGAUAAGAGCAUAUCGCAUGUUACUCUUGAACGAGUGAUAAAUUUCUUAAACUUAUUUUCGAACAAGUUCUUCGUUAUUUUUGAUUCCGUGUUGAUUGUUUCGUAUACGUUAAUUUUUUUUUUUGCUUCAUCGUUUUCGUCCCCCACUGUGGUGUGUGAGGAGGCUAGCAUUGACCUCUAUUUGACAUCUAUUGUCGCUCGUCGAAGAAAUAAGGAAAAGAAGAGAAAAACAAAUAAAGCAAGAAGAUGAUGCGAAGAUUUUCACGUGUUGAGUCCACUGUCGACCUCAAGGAUUACUUUGAUCGCGGUGAUAUUGCAUCGCGAGAGAACCGAUGGAAUUUCGAAGUGGCAUGGGAAGUCGCCAACAAAGUUGGCGGAAUCUAUACUGUUAUUCGAUCAAAAGCCUAUGUCUCGACUGAAGAAAUGGGAGAGCAGCUAUGCCUGAUGGGACCGUACAAAGAGACCUGUGCUCGCACAGAAAUGGAAGAAAUGGAAUUUCCACGUGGUAAUCCUCUGUUGAAGGCAGUAAAUGCAUUAAGAUCUCGUGGCUAUAAAAUUCACACUGGACGUUGGUUGGUCGAUGGUAAUCCUCAAUUGAUAUUGUUCGAUAUUGGAUCGGCAGCUUGGAAGCUUGAUGGCUUCAAAACAGAAUUAUGGGAGAAAUGUAAUGUUGGUGUUCCACAUUUGGAUGUUGAGACAAAUGAUGCCAUCAUUUUAGGUUAUAUGAUUGCAGAGUUCCUGGAAGAGUUUAGAAACUGUGCUGUUGAAUAUUCAGAACAAAAUGAUCUACUUAGUCCGCGUAUCUGUGCUCAUUUCCAUGAGUGGCAGGCUGGAGUUGGUUUGAUUGCUUUGCGAACACGUCAUGUUGAAAUUGCCACCGUUUUUACAACUCAUGCUACACUUCUGGGGCGGUAUUUGUGUGCAGGCAAAACAGACUUUUACAAUAAUCUAGAUAAAUUUGCCGUCGACGAUGAGGCUGGCAAACGCCAAAUCUAUCACAGAUAUUGUAUAGAACGUGCAGCUACACAUCUCUCGCAUGUCUUUACAACUGUCUCCGAAAUUACUGGAUUUGAAGCUGAGCAUUUGUUGAAGAGGAAGCCCGAUAUUAUCACACCCAAUGGAUUGAAUGUUAAGAAAUUCUCAGCUAUUCAUGAAUUUCAAAAUUUACAUGCCAUGGCCAAGGAGAAGAUUAAUGAAUUUGUUCGUGGACAUUUCUAUGGACAUAUGAACUUUGACUUGGAUAAAACAUUGUACUUUUUUAUCGCUGGUCGAUAUGAAUUCGGAAAUAAGGGCGCUGACAUAUUUAUUGAAUCACUAGCAAGGUUGAAUGCAAUGCUUAAAUCUGAAAAACCAGAUACCACUGUGGUGGCUUUCUUGAUUUUCCCAGCAAAGACGAAUAAUUUCAAUGUUGAUUCAUUGAGAGGACAUGCGGUUGUUAAGCAAUUGCGUGAUACUAUUAAUAAUAUUCAACAAGUUGUUGGCAAGAGAAUGUUCGAUACGUGCCUUACUGGACGUAUUCCUGAACCAGACGAGCUAUUAACAAAGGAAGAUUUGGUGAAGAUUAAGAGAUGUUUGUUUGCUAUGCAAAGGGAUUGUAUGCCACCAGUGACAACACAUAAUAUUGUUGAUGACUGGAACGAUCCCGUCCUAAAUGCAGUUCGUCGCUGUCAAUUAUUCAACACAGUUCACGAUCGUGUUAAAAUAGUCUUCCAUCCAGAGUUCCUAACGUCAACAAAUCCACUCUUUGGCAUUGAUUAUGAAGAAUUUGUACGUGGUUGUCAUUUAGGUGUAUUCCCAUCAUACUAUGAACCUUGGGGUUACACACCUGCCGAAUGCACAGUCAUGGGCAUUCCAAGCAUCACCACCAAUCUCUCGGGCUUUGGAUGUUUCAUGGAAGAACACAUCCAAGAUCCGAAAUCCUAUGGUAUCUAUAUAGUUGAUCGUCGUUACAUUGGUCUCGAGGAUAGUAUUCAGCAAUUGUCGAACUUUAUGUUGGACUUUGCUCGUUUAAAUCGUCGCCAACGUAUUAUUCAACGAAACCGAACAGAACGUUUGAGUGAUUUACUUGAUUGGAGGCAGUUGGGUAUUUAUUACAGACAGGCCCGAGUUAAAGCCCUGCAGACUGUCUAUCCAGAUUACUUAGAUGAAAGCUCAAUGUAUGGAUCACGUAAUAAUUUGAGCUUUUCACGGCCAUAUAGUGAGCCUCCAAGUCCGACAUCUUCAAGACAUACUACCCCAGCUCCCUCAGUACAUGGCUCCGACGAUGAAGACUCCGUUGAUGAGGAACAUGAAUUAAAAGAAUUAGGAAUUUCAAAUUAAAAACAACAACAAACAAAACUAACCGCUAUAUGCCAUUCAAUGUUCGUCAUCAAAUUCCUAUUAACUUGUGUUGAUUUCUUUUUUUAGUUAUAUUAGUAAAAAAAAAUGUGACAUUUUAUAAUCGUAUUACAAGAGUGUUCCUCAAUACAACAAAUUACUUGUACAAAAAAAAAAGUCGAGAUUUAAAUAUUUUUCAUUUUUUUUUUUUUUUCGAAGGUGCAAUAUAAUUAAAUAUUGUAAAACCUUUAAGAUGAAAGUCGUUAACAGAAAUAUAAACGUAAUUUUUAUGACUUACCUGACAAACAAAAUAUAACAAAAAAAUAGAUCAAAAUAGAUUUUUCCUAAAUAAUUUUAUGUGUCAUAAUGUAGAAUGCAAAUUAUAAUAGUUCAAACUGAUUUUAUAUUUUAAAACAAAAAAAAAAUUAAAAAUUUAUACAAAACAAAACUCUUAUUCAAAUCAAAACUAAAUAAUUGCACGUUGUUAAACAAAAUAAUUAUGUUGAAAUCUACUUUGUUUGUGUGUGUUCAUGUUAAAGUAUAAAACAAAAAUAAAUUUUAAAUAAGCUGUGAGUUAUAAACUCAAACACACAAGACGAAUUGUAUUUCAAUGAAAAGCCGAUAUCUUUUGACCAACAAGUUUUGGUUUACAGAUAUGAGUUCACAGUGAACAAGCCUAUUGCCUAUCUACAUAUUUAUGUAAGAAAUAUAUUAUUUUUUUUGAUUUUCGAGGUUAACCCCAAAAAUUAUUCAAAAAAAAAUGUUCCUCCAAAUUCAUCGAGUGAGACAUCAAAACAAAAGGUCUCUUUAAGAAUUAUUCAUGACUGAACACCAAAAGUUUGUUAGAAGUCUGAUUGCAGGGUUAUUUGCAUCCAAACAUUUUUUUUUCUUACAUUCGAAGGAAGUUGUUUACGGACCCAGGUCUCGAAACAAGUUUUUUAGUUAAAAAAUGUAUAUACAUUUUUUUUAUGCAGAGCCGAAAAAAACAUUGGGCCAUAUUGAUAGACACUGUCUAAGCUGCUUCUUAGAAAGAUUCGAGUUUAUCCUAUACAAAUAACUUUGGAUAAACCCCAGUCUAAGAUAAACUGGGAUAAAAACGACUAUCAAUAUUUACAAGUUUUGUAUACAAAUUCAAAAUAUAAACGACAGAAAUAAAAGAAAGCACUUCCGUCAUUCAAAUAUAACCGACGGAUAUGAAGGCACUUCGAUUUUUUGAUUUAAUUAUUUUGAAAAUUUUUGUAAGGAAAUUCAAAUCACAUCUGCCUUCCAUUUUCAUUUCAUUGGAGUUCUAGAAAAUUGACUUCCAUUUAUAUAAAAAUUCAAAACAUAACCGACGGAAAUGAAAGAAACCACUUCCUCCAUUCAAAUAUAACAGACGGAAAUAAAAGAUAGCACUUCGGUUAAUAUUUAAAUUCAAAAAUUGUUGAACGGACAAGUAUACCUCCUGAUAUUUCUGGGAGCCUGGUGAAAAAUUUCAAUUUUGUAUGAAAAACUCCGAUUUUUUGGUUAAAAAAAUUUAAAUUUUCUGGAUGGAAAUGAAAAUCACAUCCGCCUUCCAUUUUCAUUUCAUUGGAGUUCUAUAAAAAUUCACUUCCGUUUAUAUACAAAUUCAAACCAUAACAGACGAAAAUUAAUGAAAGCACUUCCUUCAUUCAAAUAUAGCCGAUGGAAAUAAGAGAUAGCACUUCCGCUAAUAUUUAAAUUCAAAAAGUUUUCAACGGACAAGUAUACCUCCUGAGAUUUCUGGGCGCCUGGUGAAAAAUUGAAAAUUUGUAUGAAAAACUCCAAUUUUUCGAUUAAAAAAAAUGGAAAAUUUUUGGGGGGAACUGAAUUACAUCCUUCAUCCCUUUUCAUUUCAAUGGAGGUCUAAAAAAUUCACUUCCGUUUAUAUAAAAAUUCAAAACAUAACCGACGGAAAUGGAAAAAAGCACUUCCUUCAUUCAAAUAUAACCGACGGAAAUGAAAAAAAGCACUUCCGCUAAUAUUUAAAUUCAAAAAGUUUUCAACGGUCAAGUAUACCUCCUGAGAUUUCUGGGCGCCUGGUGAAAAAACUCAAAUUUGUAUGAAAAACUCCUAUUUUU